AUGCCGGGACACCCCAAUGAAGCUCAUGAUGACGACGAGACCGACGCCUUGGUGGGAGGUGCAGAGGCGCAAAGGCCUGACAGCGAGCGAAGCCAAAGACUGAAUCGGCGAACAGUCCGCAAGCUGGACAGUAUCUUGCUACCCUUCCUGGCGAUCCUGUUUCUGCUGAACAGCCUGGACAAGAGUAACAUAGGCAAUGCUGAGACUGCAGGCUUCACGUACGACACGGGCCUUUCCCGUCACGAUGUCAACAAGUCCAUGGCCCUGUUCUUCUUCGUGUUCGUGCUCCUGCAGCCUGUGGGAGCAGCCUUGGGGAGACGCUUCGGGAUGAAAAGAUAUGUGCCCGUGUGCAUGAGCUUAUGGGGAUUGAGUACCAUACUGCACAUUUUCGUCCGCAAGAGAUGGCAUCUGAUGGUAUUGCGAGUUGCAAUAGCCACGCUGGAAAGCGGCUUCUACCCGACAACAGUGUCGUAUCUGUCGCUCUACUACACCAAGUACGAGUUCGCCUUUCGAUUGGGAUUUUUCUACGGCAUGACCGCCGUGGCAGGCGCACUCGGCGGCGUGCUGAGCUGGGCGGUAUUCUCUAACUUUCCAGGCCGUCACGACGACGACCCUCCCAUAUCGACACCGCCGCGACAAGCUGUAGAGAGCAGCGGAUGGAAGAGCUGGGAGAUACUGUUCCUGAUAGAGGGCUGCUUGACAAUGACGAUUGCGCUUAUUGGAUUCUUCUGGCUGCCACACUCUGCGGAAUCAGCCUGGUUCCUCACGAAGGAGGAAAGAUGGUGGGCAGAAGAGCGUAUGAGGCUGGACACGAAGAACAACAAGGGUGCUGAUGAGGACGCUUUCCGUGGUCAUUCAGUCCAUGGCGGUGACGACGUCGAGAGGCCAAGCACUGCCGACACCGGGGACGACCAUGGUGGAAGUGAAGCUCACGACCGUCUUCUCGCUGGCGGCGAAGUCCAUGGAUCUGUGAGGAAGACCAUUGAGGCGAAACCAGGCACAUCAGCUACGGAGGACUCAGGUCUGACGAGAAAUGAUAUCUUGUCCGCCUUCUCCAACUACAAGAUCUGGCACCUACUGAUCGUGAACAUCCUGAGCGCGAUACCUGCAACCGCAUUUGGUGUACUUCUCCCAAUACUGGUCAAGGAACUUUCACCCUCGCUCAACUUGUCCCCAGCUGCCUCCAACUUGCUCUCGGCGCCGCCAUUCGCGUUCGGUGCAAUCGUGCUGUUCAUCUUCACGAUAUGGUCCGAUCGCAGUCGACGCCGCCUCGUACCCAUCAUGUUUGGCCUCUUGCUACUCCUUAUCGGACUAACCAUGGCCAUCAUGUCGCCAAUCAACAAUUACUGGCUGCGAUACUUCUCGCUUUGCGUAUUGCUUUCGGGCUCGUUCAUUGCAUCGCCGCUGACUGUAGCCUGGCUCGCAAACAACACACCUGAGCCAGGGAAACGCGCCAUUCUCCUCGGAAUCAACGGUUGGGGCAACCUCGCAGGCGUCUUCAUGGCCCUGUUGUUCACUCCAGAAGAUGAGAAGACCGGCUACGUUAGAUCGUUCGUCAUCCUGCUUAUUUGCUCUCUGAUAUCGCUUGCCGGGUUUGUUGCGUUCCGGACUUUCCUCAUUCGCGAGAACAGGUUUCGAGACAACGUCAUUCGAAGCUGGAGCGAGGAAGAAAAGGAACGCGAGGAUAUCUACGGCGAUGUACCUGCACCUGACACCUUGGCUGGACGCAUAGGGAAACGGCUCGGGCUGAUUGCAUUUGCAAGAACUUUGGGUCUGGAAGAGGCACGACACGGUGAUGAGAAGAUGACCUUCCGGUACACCCUAUGA